GCUGGGGUAGGAACCUUUCCUCCCCAUCCUGCUCCGUGCCACAGCUGGGGCCGCAGCCACCCGCAGCCGCUUGCACCCCACAACUCACUUUGGCCCUUCAUCUCCAGAACCUGAGCCCUCCUGUUUGUGCUCAGCCUGGUUUCCAGACUGGACUCAAAAGCCCAAUUCCCCAGGAAAAAGCUCUUCCCAAUAAAAUUCCAUAUGUAUAUGUGUGGCCAUGGUGCGCAUCCCUUGCAGGAAUUUCUCUAAAGCAGCCUCUUCUCAUCCUCCCCUAGACGAGCAGAGCUGGGAUCUGUUCCUCUCACACUGGGCUGGACCUGCCCACCGGAGACUGUGCCAGCGGAGCAGUCCUGGCAGGGCACUGCCCAUCCUCGUGCAGCUGCUGCAAGGGAGGAAGAUGAACGAAUGCUUAGCAAACCAUUUACCAAGAGGGCACUUCACCACCCGACAGCAGCAGAACACAUCUGAGGGAAUACGCAAUGGGGACGUGGAUGGGCGUGCUUCCCACCUCCCAGCAACUCCUGCCAUUGCGUACACCGGUGCAGAGCACUGCAGGGCUGGCGCCUGUGUGCAGGGGAAAGGAAGAAGCUCAGCACUGGGCAUGGAGAAGCCAGUUCAUGCCUUGAUCUCCCGCAUCUCCCCCUUAUCUCUGGAAACAGGCAAUCUUCCAUUUCCAAUGAAAGCCUUUUGUCCCUGUGCAGCUCUGCAAGUGCACCAAGGAAAACUCCCCGUAACUGAAUUUCAGGCACAGCCAGUGCAGGCAGAUACAGGCUCGCCGGAGUCUGCGCCAUGCAAACCAUGCACCAGUCAGUUCCUCCAUCCCAGCCUCCCCCCUUUCCCUACGCGUCAAAGCGUCUCCAGCACACCACCGUAUAACAAAAACAACCAGGAGCCUGGAGCGAGGCUGAUGGAAGAGGUGCUCUGGGCAGAGAACGGUACAGCGCAUCCCCCUCUGAAGCACCAAAGGCUUGCUAGUUCUGCUAGAGCAGAAAGCAGAAAAUGGGACAUGUCCCUGCGAGGCCGAGGCUGAGACCUGGGCUUCCCUGGGAAAUUCAAGCUGAGCAGGAUGACUGCAUAUGCUAAACAUGGGAAACUCCUCUGUCCCUUGAAAGAAAGAACUGAAUGAAGUGAAAAAGCUCAGUGGCGGAGCUUUGCAGAACGUGAUAAGUUGGUCCAAGGCUACCUGGGAAGGAAGGGCAUGCUAUUUGCUCUUAUGGUGCUUUCUUGUGGUGAGCCCGUGGUUUUGUUCAGCUUUGAAGAAAUCCACUUCCUGAGCCAAAUCUGUAAACUGAGUCUACACUUAAAGAAAUUAAACUCCUCCCAUGGCCCUGUACUGCUAGAGGAUUAAAAGCAUUAACAGUCCAAUGGCUCUUCAAUAGGCACAUCUGCAUAAUCUUGCUUUCCCCCACUCCUGAACGGUGAUGCGCCGAACCCGCCUGCAAAUGCUGAAUGUGGGGCAUCCUGCUGCCCACCCUGGUCUGCUGCUCAUCUCACCUGGGAAAUCCUGGUUCAGGCUCUCUGCAAAUGCAGGUGAGAAGGUGGCACCAGCUACCUCUGCUUCUGCUGUUGAGGAGUGCUUUGCUGCAGCGACAGCUGGAGAACUACUUCAUUAUUUUAUUUUUAUGGUCUUUUUAAUGAAAGCUGAGGCUCUGGAGAAGGAUGGGGAGGCCUUUCAGUGACCCCACCAAACUCUCUCAUUACCCGUCAGGGAUGGGCAAACACCCACGCUGAUAAACACUCGACUGACUAACGGAUGAGGCUCUACAUCAUAAACAUUGCCUCCCGGUUUGCACUAAUUGUCCUCCUUGUCACCGCUCCUUGCAGAGUGACAAAUGAUUUGGUUUUAAUGGAGAUCGGAUUCCCCUGUCACUCUUAAGUAAUCCCUCUAAGCCAAGGAUGAGUCACGUAGACAGGACAGGGCAUGUGGGGGAGCAGCCGUGGAAAGCAAUGUUGUUCCCUCUGUACCAGUGUCAUCCAUAACAGCCGGUCCAGGCCAAUUUUCCCCCCAGGCAUAUUUUCUUAGCCAAAGCCACUUUGUUUCCUGUAGUAGAAGCAAUAUUUUUCCUUCCCUGUGCAGCAAGACCAAGUGAAUGCUUGACAGAAUUAAAAGGCAACUCAUUUAACACUGAUGCAAGAGCAGCAGUUAGAUUAUCUGGGAAACUCAUGGCUGUAGGGUUGUUUUCCAGUAAUGCUUUGGUAAGGACUGCAAAUGUGACUGGUGUUACUUUUGCAAGUGGUCUGCUAGACCAGAAGCUGGCCAGACUUACAGCGUUCAAGAGGUGGAUGCGUGCCCAAACGGUCCCGAAAUCUGGGGUCUCGCUUGCAGGAUGGAUUUCUGUGUGCUUGGCUCUUGAAACUAAAUAUUACAGAAAAAAAGCAUCAAAUCCCAAGUCCUCAGCUGAAGGUAAAAAAAAAAACAAUCUGUUAUACGUGCGGCAAAGACCGCAUCUUCCUGUGUCUAGGAGGGAGUGUGGCGGCAGGAUAAAGUCCUCCAUUAUCUCAGACAUUCACACAACAGCUCAGAAGAGUUUACAGAAAACCUUCAUUUACCAGAGGCCAUGAAACAUCUCACGGCGCCUGCUACAAACUUCAGAACUAUAGAAAAAGCGAAGCAUAACAGAUGUGUGGCAGCGAGAGCAGGAGAAAGGAAAGCGUUGACCUUAGGCCCUGGCAAUAGCAAGGAAUUUCUUCAGAUAUAAAGAAAAAAGAAAGACUACCAUGAUUGCUUGUUAAUGUGGUCUGAAAGAAAAAUUUCUUCUCAACCCCAAAUCUGUCAAUUUAAGCAUAAGCUAAGGAGCGGGACACGGCAACUGGGUGGCUCUGAGCCACUGGUGCCGCGCCAGCAUCAGUGCUCCUCGGCUUGCAUUGCAUCCUGCCGAGACCAAGCCCCGGUGUUUCGAGGACAGCGAUGAGCAGAGCAGCCAGAAACCAGCAAGCAGGAACCCUUUCUGCUGCUCAUCUGCAGAGGCCGGGAAAGGAGCCGUGAAACUUGGCAUCGAUGUUCCCCUAACCUGGGAAAAGUGUGCUGGGCCAUGUGCUGGUCUGGCAGGACAAAAUGAUUGUCACAUCAGAGACUUCAUUCUCCCUUGGGAAACACAGAAGAACAGAGAUUUACCUGAAAGGUUUGUCAGGAAGAAAAUCAAAGAAACCCCAAACAACCCCCUCUUCAAAAACUAUCUCAGUGAGUUAAUGAUGUAAGAAGACUGCAAGAUCCAGCUGGGUGAAAAAAAUCUUCCAGCUGAGAUUUGCUAACAGCCUCCCAUAGCUAGGAAGUUAUUAAAAAUCUUGCCCCAGGGAAGGGCCCCCUCUCCGCAUUACCAGCUCCCAUCGCCCAGAUGAUGAUUCUGAGAUUUUCUGAGGCGUUUUCAUUUCAGUAAAGAAAACAGAUUUUUUUUUUUUUUUUUUUUUUUUAAAACCAAAACAUCCCCAACUUAGUUUCUCUGCAUGAUUUUCUUAGUCUCUAUUUUUUUAGCUGCAACUGCAAUAAAAUAGAAUAGUAAUUUCCUGUGCUGAAGCGGUGCGUUUCAUUUUGGGGUGCCUUGCAGAUGUGUACCUCCACGUACCGCCAACCUGCAGCCAGCCUUUGGCGCAGCCUGCGGCUCCUGCGAGGCAUAAAGUGG